GAUGCUACUGAUGCUGUGGGAUUGCACUUGAUUGCUCUGCUUUUUGCACGUUCUCGCAUUCUUUGUUCUAACCUUGCUGCUCAUCAUGAAUUGCCUAAAAUGCUUUUGACUUUAAUAUCUGGAACGGAGCAUACUUCUAAUAUCUCAGCAGUCGCUUCUUUCAAUUGUAACCAAACAGAAAUCAUGGAUGUAGAUGAAAAGAAUUACAUUCUUGAUAGUACUUAUCUGUUACAUUCUUCGUUAAUUUUGGAUCAAUACAUUAGAACUGUUCAGGCAUUGGAAUUGCGCCAAAAGGUGACGUUAAUUUACCAUGGCUGCCAAAAUUGGAGUUGGCUUGAUGAUCAGGCCGUCCAAUGGCAUCAAUACAAUGCUGAGACUUCAAAAAUUUUGGAUUCUUCAUUCAGAGCCGGCGAAAUGAGAGCUCUCUGUCAGGUAUCUCGUCGACCUUACGCCGUUGAUUUUCCCACUAUGUCACAAAUCAACCUAGACACUUUGCGCCGAAGACCUAUCCUUCUCCAGCCGCCUGCUCGAUAUCCCCAGUCUUCUUUAUCGAACUUAUUUUCCUCUAGUGAGGAAAAGUCCCGAACCGACAUUACAGUUUAUCGAGGCUAUUGA